GGCUGGACUGUCUCACUUUCAUUUAACACUACGGUCUAUGGAGGGGCGGACACACCAGUGCUUCAUGCAAUCCGACAACUAGGUUAGGAAAACAGCUGAAUUCCCCGCUGCUGAGAUGAAGUAUAAGAAUCUUAUGGCGAAAGCGUUAUAUGACAAUGUCCCAGAGUGUGCUGAGGAGCUGGCCUUCCGCAAGGGCGACAUCCUGACUGUCAUAGAGCAGAACACGGGAGGCCUGGAAGGAUGGUGGCUCUGCUCCUUACACGGUCGGCAAGGCAUCGUCCCAGGCAACCGGGUAAAGCUUCUGGUUGGUUCUGCGCAGGAGCCUUCAUGCAGUCAGGACCAGUCCACUUCUGGACUGAUGCACCAGGCCUUUGGCCAACAGAAACUGUAUCAAGUGUCAAAUUCCCAGGGUGCUCCUCGAGACACUAUCUACCAAGUGCCACCUUCCUACCAAAAUCAGGGAAUUUACCAAGUACCCACUGCCCAUGGUACCCAGGAGCAAGAUGUGUAUCAAGUGCCACCAUCAGUGCAGCGAAGCAUGGAGGGAGCUAAUGGGCCCCACUUAAGUAAAAAGGUGAUAGCCCCUGUAAGAACAGACCAUGGCUAUGUGUACGAAUACCCAUCCAGAUACCAAAAGGAUGUCUAUGAUAUUCCUCCUUCCCAUGCCACUCAGGGGGUAUAUGACAUCCCUCCAUCAUCAGUGAAAGGCCAUGUGUUUUCCAUUCCAGUGGGAGAGAUAAAACCUCAAGGGGUAUAUGAUAUCCCUCCAACUAAAGGGAUAUAUGCCACUGCACCGUCUGCUUGCCAGAAUGAAGGACUUAGGGGAAAGGAGUAUGAUUUCCCGCCGAUGAGACAAGCUGGAAGGCUGGACGUCAGGCCUGAGGGAGUUUAUGACAUUCCCCCAGCCAGCACCAAGGCAGCGGAGAAGGACCUUCACCUAAAAUAUAACUAUGAUGCCUUGGGAGCUGCUGAACAGGCACCACGAAAACACCAAAACAAUUCCCUGAAGCAUCUGCCCCCACAGCUGGGGCAGGCAGCAAGUAGUCAGAAUGACGCAUACGAUAUCCCCCGAGGGGUCCAGUUUCUUGAACCACCAGCAGAAAUCUGUGAGAAAACAAAUCAUGUAGAAAGAAAUGGUGUGUAUGACGUCCCUCUACACAACCCGGCAGAUGCCAAAGGCUCUCAGGAUAUGGUAGAUGGGAUCAACCGAUUAUCUUUCUCCAGCACAGGCAGCACCCGGAGUAACAUGUCCACAUCUUCCACCACCUCAAAAGAAUCUUCACUGUCAGCCUCCCCCUCUCAGGACAAAAGGCUUUUGCUGGACCCAGACACAGCCAUUGAGAAACUUCAGCGGCUCCAGCAGACCCUGGAGUUGGGUGUCUCCAGCCUAAUGGCCUUGGUGACUACAGACUGGCGUACUUACAGAUACAUGGAGCGACACAUCAAUGAGAUACGCUCCUUGGUGGACAAGGUGGAACUAUCCCUGAAGGACUACCUGCAUUUCGCCAAGGGAGCUGUAGCAAAUGCCUCCUGCCUCCCAGAACUCAGCCUCCACAACAAAAUGAAGCGGGAACUCCAAAGAGUAGAAGAUUCCCACCAAAUUCUGAGCCAAACCAGCCAUGACUUAAAUGAGUGCAAUUGGUCCCUGAAUAUCCUAGCUAUCAACAAGCCCCAAAACAAGUGUGAUGAUCUGGACCGGUUUGUGAUGGUGGCGAAGACAAUACCUGAUGAUACCAAGCAGCUCACUACAACCAUCAACACCAACACUGAAGCCCUUUUCAGACUAAGCUCUGGCAACUCCCAUAUGAAAAAUGGGCCUGAGAGCAAUAUGAACUCCACUGAGUACCCCAACACUGACUCCCAGAUGCUGCAUCUUAGGAACCACAAGGUCCAGGCCCUCAACAAAUCUUUGCCCCCAAGCUUGGGCAAGGAUCACCUCCCUGACUGCAGCAGCAGUGACAGCUCUGAAAAGAGCUGGAUGGAUGACUAUGACUAUGUCCACCUGCAGGGUAAAGAAGAGUUUGAGAGACAACAGAAAGAGCUGCUGGAAAAAGAAAAUAUCAUAAAGCAGAACAAGAUGCAGCUGGAACAUCAUCAGCUAAGUCAGUUCCAGUUGUUGGAACAAGAAAUUACAAAACCCAUAGAGAACGACAUGUCAAAGUGGAAGCCGUCUCAGAACCUCCCAAGUGCAAGCAGCCGAGUGGGCGCUCAGGACAGGCACUUGCUUUGCUUCUAUCAUGACCAGUGCAAGACCCAUUACAUUUCCCUUCUCAAUGCCACUGAUGCUUUCUUCAGUUGUGUCAGCACAGCACAGCCCCCUAGGAUCUUUGUAGCCCACAGCAAGUUCGUCAUCCUAAGUGCCCACAAACUGGUGUUCAUUGGAGACACGCUAACGAGGCAGGUUGCUUCCCAGGACAUUCGCAACAAAGUCAUGAACUCUAGCAAUCAGCUCUGUGAACAGCUCAAGACUAUAGUUAUGGCAACCAAGACAGCUGCCCUCCAUUAUCCCAACAAUACUGCCUUGCAAGAAAUGGUACACCAAGUCACAGACCUGGCCAGAAACGCGAGGCAGUUCCAGGACUCCUUGUUGGACCUGGCCAUGUUCUGAGAAGAAACAGACACAGAGCACUAAGGGUUACUAAAGGAAACUGGAAAGGUUGUCCAGUUUUUGUAAAUGGUAUCUAUUUUUGUAGAUAUUUUAUAUGAAAAUGAAAUAUUAUAACAUUUUAUGAAUUAGACAAUAUUCAGAAAUUCAGGGACUUAAAAAGGAGGUCUUUUCCCUGUAUGGUCCAUGUGUAUAUACAUGAGCAUUUGAGUUGAAAACUGUAAAAAAAACUCGUCCACAGGUUUGUGUAUCUGUGUAUUCAUGUAUGUAAAUAUCUGAUACAUUCCAUUAAAAAAAAUGAACUAAGAAGCACCUUUAUAAGAAUUUUGUAAUGCUGCAUUUUUUUAAGAAAAUGUGCCAGCUAGUUGCAAUAUUGUUCUACUAGUGAUUCUGUUGAAUGUGGUGAGCAUAGUACAUUUGCAUUGUUCAUCUCCCAAUCAUGUAUAAAAUCUGAUUUGUCCUUACUUUGAAACCUCUUCCACAAUUGAGCAUACUGUGUAUAUUAUGGCAAAAUGCCUCAACUCUAGUGGAAAAAGCCCUCCUAAAGAGUAAGUUUCAAAAAGUCCAAUGUUUUAGAUACUAGAGACAGGAAUACAUGUCGUUUUAAGCCAUGUUCCCAGCUAGGACUGAGUGGUUUCAAACCUGAAGGACACCACACAAAGACAGCACAUGGGAAUGCAAACUGGUCCAACCAGUAUAGAAAGCCAUGUAGAAAUUCCUUAUACUACUAAAAAUGGAGAUUCCAUAUAAU